AUGGAUCUCAUCCACUUCGCCCCGGCUCUCCUGGUCCUCCUGACCGCGGUCUGGGGCUUUGACCUGGGCCAGUCCACACGCUGUGUGCCCAUCCCCCACCAGAUGAGCGUGUGCCAGGACGUGGGCUACUCUGAGAUGAGGCUGCCCAACUUCCUGGGUCACAGCAACCUGGAGGGUGAGGUUGUGCCCCGUUCGGAGGACUGGAGACCCCUGCUCCAGACCGGCUGCCACCCCCAAGCUCAGGCCUUCCUGUGCUCCCUCAUUGCUCCCGUCUGCCUUGACACGUUCAUCCAGCCGUGCCGCAGCCUGUGUGUUGCCGUGAGGGACAGCUGUGCCCCCACACAGGCCUGUCAGGGCCAUGCCUGGCCGGAGGAGCUGGACUGUGACCGUUUCCCCGCGCAGGAGGACACGUGCCUGACCCCCCACCCCAAACACAGCAACAGUCACCUGGCCAAAUUGCUGCCCAAGCCUGCAUGCCAGGCCUGCCCUUCUGUGGAGACUCACCCGUCCCUGAAGACAGUGCUGGAUGCCCUCUGUGUGGAUGAUUUCGCUGUCUCAGCUAAGCUGUCUCGCCAUCGUCUCCCCUCAGGGGAGCCAGAGUUCGGGGUGGAGGGCCGUGUGGAGUUCAUCCGUCAGGGUCCUCUGCUGCCCUACGACACACAGCACCUCCUUCAGCAAUGGCUGCUAAUCAACCUGCGCUGUGCCAACGCCCUGGUCCGGCCAGGCCACACCCAGCUCUAUCUGCUGACCGGCGCGGUGCAGCGUGAUGGCACCCUGGCCCUGACACGCCUCUUCCCUUGGCACAAGAAGGACCACAGCAUCACGGUGGCUACUCGCAAGUGGAAGCACCACAAGUGCUGA